CAUCUCUCAGCAGCCAUGAGCAGCCGGAAGCAUAUAAGCACCACGCGAAACUUCAGCAGCCGCUCUCUUGGCUCGCAUGAUGCUUUUAAAAGGACCAGACCCCACUUGGGGAACUCUUACUUUGGGUUUGGGAAUCAGCCUGCUCUGGGGUCAUCCCUCACUGCUGUCGUGACAGACAGGAGCCUCCUGGAGCCCGUGAAGCUUAACCUGGAUCCAAACAUUCAUGCUAUCAAAGUGCAGGAAAAGGAGCAGAUCAAGACCCUCAAUGACCGCUUUGCUUCCUUCAUCGAUAAGGUGCGUCAUCUGGAGCAGCAGAAUAAGGUGCUGGAGACGAAGCUGCAGCUGUUACAGAGCAGCCCUCCGACCGAAUCCAACAUGGAGUACACAUUCAACAUGUACAUCAGUACGUUACAGUCUGAGCUCAGCACCUUGCAGAACAACGAGGCGUACCUGAACGCUGAGCUCCACAGUGUUGAGUCGCUGGUGGAGGACAACAAACGCAAGUAUGAAGAAGAGAUUAACAAGAGAUACACAGCAGAAAAUGAUUUUGUGUGCUUGAAGAAGGAUGUUGAUUCUGACUACUUGGGCAGAAUUAAUCUAGAGGAGAUGCUGUCUGGAGUUCAACAAGAAUUUGACUUCCUCAAGGCCUUGUAUGCAGAGGAAGUGCGGGAGCUGAAGGAGCAGCUGAAGGACACCUCAGUGGUGGUUGAGAUGGAUAACAGCAGGGAGUUGAACAUGAAGCAGGUAGUGAAGGAGGUGAAGAGUCAGUUUGAGGAGGUCUCGGCACGCAGCCGGAAGGAAGCCGAGGCCUGGUACAAGAACAAGUUUGAUCUGGUAUCAUCACAGGCUGAGCAGAACAGCUCAGAUAUAAAGAGCACUAAGCAUGAAAUCGCCAAGAUAAAGAGACUGAUCACAAAGCUGCAGGCAGACAUAAUGGCUGCUAAAGAGAAGUGUAAGAGCGUGGAUGGACGGAUUGUGGAGGCGGAGCGACAUGGCGAGGAGGCGGUGCUUGAUGCUAAGCAACAACUUAAACAACUGGUGGAAGCACUGAAGAAAGCCAAGCAGGACAUGACCAGGCAGGUUCGUGAGUACCAGGGGCUGAUGAACAUCAAACUGGGCCUGGACGUUGAGAUCGCCACCUACAAGAAACUUCUGGAAGGGGAAGAGAACCGAAUUGGUCAGGAUUCUGUUAUACGUGUCCAGACCGUGCCAAACACCAGUCACACCGAGUCUGUGAAAACCAUCAUUUGCACCAACGUUCACGUUAAGACGUCCGAGACUCAAGACAACGACGUCAUCUCUGCUAAAUAAUUCAGAUUUAUCAUAAAAAGUGACUUUUCCUCCCCUGACCCUUUGUCUCUUUCAUAUGAUUCGUUUUGAUAUCUUUGUUUUCUUUUCUCUAAGUACUGAAAAACUUUGAUAGAUAGUGCUCCCAGAGUGAGCGACGGAGUGAACGGGCAGAUGGACGUGUGUGAGUGAACAUGUUUGUGAGAGAGAGUUAGUGCACUAAGUGUGUGAGCUGUAAUGUAUACCUGAUCAAUAAAGACUCAUUAUUAUCAUUA